AGUUUCUUGUUUUUGCUUACAGAGUAGCUUCUGUGGCAGAGUUGAUGCAUGCCUUAUGAUUCAACAACUGUUCCGUGAUAUCCGAUGGCUCACGACGUACGUUACUCCUGUUAUGUUUUCUCGCCCCCACCGCCUCCGGAUGGCCCGGCGGCCUCCUGUUGUCCACCAGCUUCCAGAACUGUAUUGUACUCUGGAAACACACCCAGAAGCCGCUGUAUAUAUAUUACCGUGGGUUAUUCUCACGGGCUCUACCAACUUCACCAUACGAGCACGCCUUCUCCUUACCUUCCUCUUAAAGCCCAACCACUCGUCGAAGAGCUGAGGCGCUUAGGUGCAGGUGAUGGCGAAGCGGCGUCUUCUCCUCCUUCUUGCUCUCUUCCUCGCCUUCUCCUCUACAGAGUCGCAGUCGUUCAUCGGGGUGAACUACGGGCAGGUGGCGGACAACCUGCCGCCGCCAUCGGAGACCGUGAGCCUGCUGCAAUCGACCACCAUUUCGAAGUUCCGACUCUACGGCGCCGACCCAGCCGUCAUCCAGUCCCUCGCCGGCACUAACAUCUCCCUCGUCCUCGGCGUCUCCAACUCCGACAUCGCCUCCCUCGCCUCCGACCCCGUCGCCGCCUCUAAUUGGGUCGCCGCUAAUGUCCUCCCCUAUGCUCCCGCCUCCUCCAUCUCCGUCGUCUCCGUCGGCAACGAGGCCCUCAACUCGGGUGACUCCUCCCUCGCGUCCAAUCUCCUUCCCGCUAUGCAGAACCUCCGCUCCGCGCUUUCCGCCUCCGCGGCCGCCUCCGGUGUCAAGGUCUCCACCGUCCACACCAUGGCCGUGCUGUCCCAGUCGGACCCUCCCUCCUCGGGCGCCUUCCACCCGGACAUCACAGCCGACCUCACCGGGAUUCUCGGGUUCCUGCGCGACACCGGGUCGCCCUUCAUGAUCAAUCCCUACCCCUUCUUCGCCUACCGCAGCGACCCGCGGCCGGAGACGCUGGCCUUCUGUCUCUUCCAGCCCAACUCGGGCCGGCUCGACGCGGGUUCGAAGCUCACGUACACCAACAUGUUCGACGCGCAGGUGGACGCCGUGCGGUCGGCGCUCGACGCGCUAGGGUUCCCGGAGGUGGAGAUCGUGGUGGCGGAGACGGGGUGGCCGUACCAGGGGGACCCGGACGAGGUGGGUGCCUCGGUGGACAACGCCAAGGCCUUCAACGGGAACCUGGUGGCCCACCUGCGGUCACUGGUGGGGACGCCGCUCAUGCCCGGGCGGUCGGUGGACACGUACAUCUUCGCGCUCUACGACGAGGACCUCAAGCCCGGCCCUGCCUCGGAGCGCUCCUUCGGCCUCUACCGCGCCGACCAGACCAUGAACUACGACGCCGGCCUCGCCAAGUCCACCUCGAGCUCCAGCCCGAUCACGGCGCCGGCGAGCACGUCGACGGAUGCAGGGCCACCGCCUGCAGGGGUGACGGGGUUGACUCAGCCGGCGGGGUGGUGCGAGUCGGGGGCGACGCUGCAGGGGAGCGCAGACGGCCGGCCGACCCAGGCGGGGGCGCAGUGCUACAUCCCCAACGCCGUCCGAUCGCGUACGGCCUUGGGGGCGUGUCGCCUCUUGUUGUACGUGACGCUGGCGCUGCUGCUAACGUAGCGCAAACACCCACAUUAAAGCAAAGAAGAAGAAAGGAAAGCAAAUCUACCGAGGUAAUACAAAGCUUCCGCCGCUCCGCCUCCUCAAGAAGUAAUCGUUGCUUACUGUGCAGUUCACAUGGCUACAGCAAAGCGUAUUUUGUUCGGUACGUGGAUUGGAUCCAACAGGAUGGCGAGCACUGCAAUAAAGGUCAACAAAUUUUGACGCAUCUUUUGUCUCUAUAUUCGCCGAUGGGAACCAAAUGGGGCCAGAAUUGUCUCCGAUCACAAUAAGCUAAGAGUAGGGAUCAGACUAGUUUUGACUUGGAAUGACUUUUGUUGCUCCCUUUCCUCUCUCUCUCUCUCUGUCUCUCUCUCUGUGUAUAUAUCCAAUCUUGGCUUGAUGGUUUGUUUAACCCAAUUCAUCUUGGGUUGGGCUAAAGCUCAGAUGAAUGGAUUGGGUUAGGUUGUCCAAUUUGCUAUCACUAUUGUGUCGUAUGUGAACGUUUUUAUGAAGGUAAACUUCUAAUGCUAUUCCUAAU